GUCAUGAUGUGUUCGAUGAUGGUGUAUUUGUAUUACUGCAAUCCCUGAAAAUUAAUCUAAAUAUAUAAAUACGGGUGUCUAAUUUUAAAAAGAAGCUUUGGUUAAUAUGGCUACGUUGAUUCAAUCUUACGAGCAACAGUAUUCAGUGCUUACUGCGGAUAUAACGUCUAAAAUUGGACGACUCAAGUUAGGCCACGAAGAUAAUCGCGAUCAGCUGACACGGGAAAUUCAAGCAAAUUUCGAGGAAGCGAAUGAUCUUCUUGAGCAGCUGGAGCUGGAGUCUCGCGGCAGCGCCGGUUCACGCGUAGCCGCGUAUCGGGCAGAAUUACAGCGCGUUCGCGAUGAGUAUCGCUCUGUCACUAACAACGCUGGAGGGUACACUGACACAGAGGAAAACUUUGAAGACUGGACAUCAAAUGACCAGCGACAGAAACUCCUGGACAACACGGAGCGGCUAGAACGAACAGGGAAGACUCUCACCGAGGGCUACAGGGUGGUCUUAGAGACGGAGCAGAUUGGAGCCACCGUGCUCCAAGACUUGAGUCUGCAAAGGGAGACUAUAGAAAGAUCGAGAGGAAGGCUCCGCGAAACAGAUGAGCAGCUAAACCGCUCAUCCCGCCUGAUGAACUCCAUGAUAAUGCGGGCGCUGCAAGACCGCUUCGUGCUGGUUAUGGUCUUCCUUGUCCUCGGUGUGUUGCUGUGCAUCAGCCUCUAUUUCUAUGUCACGUAACAACUGUCUGUUUUACCUUGUUCCACCUCCAGACUUAGCAUAGUCGCGCUACCCCCUCUGCCACGCAUACGGUAAUUUUACUCCAUGUUCGAGUCGAAAUCUUUGUGUGACGUCCGUGUAUUUGAACGGACCAAUCACGGCACAGGAUUUCGCUCACCUCGUCCCGCGCACCCCCGCAUUUUUGGCAUCAUCGGUUGCAUGAAAUAAUUGCUCUAAACUCGGUCUAGAGGAUUCCUAGUCUAUGCCUUGUUCACUGCGGUAGGGGGCCGAAAGACCCCAUGUGAAGUAUGGUUAAUUACGAGUUACACUAAUUGCCGCAGCGAGGGUGCCUUCGACCUUCGACCGCCAAAAAUGUCAACUGACGCGAGCGGCCACAGUCCAAUACAUAGAAUAAGUAAUAGUACUACCAUACAGAAUAGACACUUCCUACAAAUCCGAAGUUUGACAGCGAUUCAUGGUCGAAUCAUGAUAUCCCUUCCUAACUUAUGGCACUAUCCCUUUCGACUAUUUAGGGUUGUCUAAAUUCAUGUAAUUAUAUUCCGACUUCGCAAAAAAUAAAGCUAAAUUUUGUUGUUAAUGAUGAGAGAGAAUUUCAUACAAUUCUGCCCUUCUCGUAGCUAUAUUUAUUCAUAGUUUUUAUAAGAAUAUAUGUAAAUAACUUUAAUACCCAACUAGCAAAAAAGUCUCAGAUUGCGCACUUUAUAAGAGUAGUGAGCUUAUAGCGCUCUUAUUUUUGUUUUGAACUUGUCAUCGCUCUUAUAUUAGUCUUAGACAAGCUAAUACGCACUUUAGUAAGUUUAGUCUUAUUACCUAGUCUUAUAUAUGUAUAUAAGAGCAUUUUAUAAUACCAUUAUAAGCCUCUCGCUCUUACAAUAACAUUUACUAAGUCUCAUUGAACUUGAGAGUACCUGGUCUUAUAUCCACAUUCUCUAAGUUCAUUUGAUCUUAUAAUAGACUUUCUAAAUGCUAUUAUAAGAAUGUAAGACUAAUAUCAACAUGGCAUAAUACUAUUAUGAGCCUCUCGCUCUUACAAUAACAUUUACUAAGUCUCAUUGAACUUGAGAGUACUUGGUCUUAUAUCCACAUUCUCUAAGUUCAUUUGAUCUUAUAUUAGACUUUCUAAAUGCUAUUAUAAGAAUGUAAGGCUAAUAUCAACAUAGCAUAAUACUAUUAUAAGUCUCUUGCUCUUACAACAACAUUUACGAAGUCUCAUUGAACUUGAGAGUACGUGGUCUUAUAUCCACAUUCUCUAAGUUCAUUUGAUCUUAUAUUAGACUUUAUAAAUGCUAUUAUAAGAAUGUAAGACUAAUAUCAACAUAGCAUAAUACUAUUAUAAGCCUCUUGCUCUUACAACAACAUUUACGAAGUCUCAUUGAACUUGAGAGUACCUGGUCUUAUAUCCACAUUCUCUUAGUUCAUUUGAUCUUAUAUUAGACUUUCUAAAUGCUAUUAUAAGAAUGUAAGACUAAUAUCAACAUAGCAUAAUACUAUUAUAAGCCUCUUGCUCUUACAACAACAUUUACGAAGUCUCAUUGAACUUGAGAGUACCUGGUCUUAUAUCCUCAUUCUCUUAGUUCAUUUGAUUUUAUAUUAGAUUUCUAAAUGCUAUUGUAAGAAUGUAAGACUAAUAUUAACAUAGCAUAAGAACACUGUAAGUAAGUACGUACUUUUCUGAUCUUACUAAAGCUAUAAUAAGAUCAACAGCAGCACUUUAGUAAGAUAUUAGAGUGAUAUAAGAUCAAGACACUUAUAUCACAAUAGAGAAGAUCAAUAUCAGAUGGUUUGAUCUUAAAUCGUUUUUGGGAACACUAUUGUUAGUAUAAGUAUUCAACAUGGCCACAUCAUUUGUAUUCAGAAUGCUUAAAAUACUCUAAUAGUGCGCUUGAAAAAUGCACCUACAUCAAUGGCUGACUAUCAAUACAAAAUAAAGAAAUAAAAUAAUUAUAAAAAUAUUCAAAUACCAUAUUUGAGUAGGCGCAUAAAGUUUGAAGUGUAAAACAGGGUCUACUUUACAAUAAAUAAUAUUUUCCCAUGUGAAUACUUACCCUGAAACAUAAACAGACGAUGAUAAACAGCACGUUAUUAUAUUUAAACAUAAUUCAUAAAAAGUUUGAUAAACACUUACACUAAUAUGUUUUUGUCACGUUGCAGUUAAUUUCACCCGUAUAUUUAUACUUCACAAAUAGAAUGUUUCAAACCAAAAUAAGCUUAUUUAGGCUUACAAGAUUCUAACGUUCGACCAAUAUAAGCCUAUGUAGGCUUACAAGAUACUUACGUUCGACCAAUAUAAGCCUAUGUAGGCUUACAAGAUACUUACGUUCGACCAAUAUAAGCCUAUGUAGGCUUACAAGAUACUUACGUAAAAGCGAUAUUAGCCUAAAGCAGCUUAAUAUAGUUUUGAAAAAGAUUACUGUGAAUGCAAACAACAUUCAAUUAGACUGAUAUUAGAACGAUAUUAAAAUAAAUACGCUUAUGCUUUGUGCCCAAACCCGGGCUUAUACGAUGAUAUAAAAUCAAUAUAAGAGCGACAAAAUUGUAGUCUAGAGACUGUUGUUAGCGUGAUUUUGCUAGUUGGGUAUGUAUAUCAAUCAUAUAACUAUGUUAGCUUUUAUUUAUAUGGACCGUUGAGGUGUUGUAUAUAAUGAAUGUGUUUAAAAAUGUUUGUUUAAAUGUGACGUUCCAUAACGAGAAUAGAACUGGCCCUUAUUUUAUAAAAUAAUAAGGGCCAGUUAUAUUUUAUGUACCUACUUUAUUGUCAUAAUCCAAAAUUAAUAUAUUAUACAUAGUCUAUAUCGUCGGCUGACAAGCAAAAGUCACUAACUAACACCAUUGAAAUUAUUGGACAAUAAACCGUGUUACAAGUGUAAUAAAGUGCAUUGUUACUUUAAUUUUUGAUAGUACUUAGUGACUUUUGCUUGUCACCCGACGAUAUUAAGUCUAUAGACUUAAUUUAUUUAUAUACGCUGGUAGCGUUCAUUAACUGCGAUCUCCGCUUACCAUCAAGCGAGCUGUUCGCUUGUUUGUCACCGUCAUGGUAUGAGAAAUUACCUAAUAAAAUACGUCGUAAAAUACGUUGUACGUCGACGUCAAAGAUGUUUACACUUUUGCACAUUAACUUAAUGUAAACAUAUCUUUGACGUCGCCUGUAUACUUUGCGUUGUAAAGAAUGGUACGCCAUUGCUAAGCAUUUUGUUUUUCGUAGGUAUGUAAGACUGUCUUAGAUAAAUUAAUGUAGAUAGAUCUUGAUAUUUAUACAGUAUGUGUCUGACCAUGGGGGUUUAAUUCCAGGGCUCGAUUCUACUCGCUAAACUGAGCUACUUUUACUAUGGAACCAACCCUAAAAUCGGAGACAUUUUUGGCUUUUCCAUAGAAAACGUCGACAUCUGAUCAGCCAAAAUGUAUGAAAAAGUAAAAAUAAAAUCGGGAUUUCGGGGUUGGUGCCAUAAUAAAAGUAGCUCAGCCGGCCUAGCCAAGGUUACAAUCGCUAUCGCUUCGACAACGAAAAGCUUUAUGUCUCUCUAUCACUCUUCCAUAUUAGUGCGACAGUGACAGUUGCGUUUCGAUCGCCACGGAGCGUGAGCGAUUGGCAUCUUGGCUACGCGGCCAGUUUAGCGAGUAGAAUCGAGCCCUGGAUUUAAGACCCAUGGUCAGUAACACCCUGUAUAUAAGUGAGUUAUGUUAUUAUAAGUUAAGUUAUUAUUAUCAUUGAAAUACAGAAGGCUUUUAAACCAA